AUGAACAGCAACGAGGUCCCAGAGGACAAGACUGUCGCUCUCGCCUCAGAUGAGAGCGUCUCUGCCGAAAACGACAACAACGCACCUGUUCAGCGUGAGGCUGGCAAGCUCGAUGUCUUGAUCCAGGGUGUUGCUUUAUUUUCAGAUGGUUACAACAUCCAGAUCAUCGGAUACAUGAACACUGUUCUGGCCAAGUUGUAUCCCAAGCAGAUGACUCCCCAAGUCAAGACUCGGUUAUCCAACUCCAUCUUGAUUGGUGAUAUCUUUGGUAUGCUUCUGUUUGGCCUGUGCAUCGAUAAAUUCGGACGCCGUAUUGGUAUUUACCUCACAACUCUCUUCUUGGUUCUGGGCAUCAUUCUCGCUACUGCUGCUCAUGGCGUCACUGUUGAGGGUAUGUUCUGGAUGAUGGUUAUUGGCCGUGGUGUUGCUGGUGUCGGUGCAGGCGGAGAGUACACGGUUUGUACUUCUCAAGCUGUUGAGUGUGCUGAUAGCACCGAGGCCAUGCUGUAG